AUGCCGCCCCACGCGGAUGAGGAUAUCCCCUAUGAAGGGACCGAGGGUCAUCUAUUAGGGUUUCUGCCGCACGAAGAAGCUUCUGGGAGCAACGAUAACUUUAUCUCCAUGGAGGCUGACUCACAGGGGAGCUUUGAAGAAUACCACGAUGACGAUGAUCUGCAAGGUACACACAAGACUCCAUUGUUGCCAAUAAGGGAGUUAUCAGGAACGUCUUUGCCUCGAGUGACAAGCCUGCACGAGAAACGACGGGCGUAUGGCAUUCUCUCCUGUGUCGUAUCAUGGAUCCAAGGUCCACCGCAACCACACAAAUAUAAGAUUACUCCCUUGUUGGAGCGAUGGCAGACUGCUCCCAGCCGUCUCAUUGAUACUUAUCUUCCCAGCACUAAACGGAAGCUGUUUUUGCUCUUGACGGUUAUUGGGAUUUGGGGAGUUGUGUUUCUUUCUGUGUUACAUGCAUCUGUUAGCAAUGACUCUGUUGUUAGACUGUCUUGUUAUUCUUCGCUAUGGCCAGAUACUACCGUCUGCGGUGUUGACGGAGAUUCCUGUCGACCAUUUGAUGAAAAGGGUUUCGCCUUUCGCUGCCCCGCUGGCUGCGCAGAUACAAUUCUUCUGGAGCCGUACGCUGUAGGAGGCCAAAUGGUAAACUACAGAGGCCUGGUUAUCGGCGGUGGUGACAGUGGCAUCUACCGCAGUGACUCUCGUAUCUGUCCUGCAGGCAUUCAUGCGGGGUUGAUAUCUCAGCGAAAAGGUGGCUGCGGAUUUCUUCGUCGAACAGGCGAACAGAGCAACUAUACAUCUGUCCAACGGAACGGGAUUACCAGCAUUGAGUUCCCCUCGAAUUUCCCGUCGUCUUAUACGUUUGACGAAGGAGAGCAUGGGUCCUUGAAGGGUCUCAAAUGCAGUGAUACUCGAUGGCCCCUUUUCACUUUCUCCUUGAUCGUGACCGCAUUGUUGUCCAUCUGCAUUGCGUCUCCAGCAGUAUUUUACACCUCCAUCUUUUUUAUCGUGUAUUUCCAAGUCGCUCUGGUUUCCGACGCCCCUUAUUUCCCAGAUUACGAUGAGGUAGUCUCGAUAGCACUGGGUCGAUUCCUUCCCACGGCGUUCGUCGGGUUUGCUAUGUACUAUUUCUGCGUCAGCAAGACACUGACCUCCAUGGAUGCUCACUGGGACAAGACGGUCCUAUGGCUAGGAGGCCUCUGGGUUGCGGCCCUGAAUACUGACACAUUCGACAAGAUCCCCCUUUCCCGUCUCACCCCGCAUGAUAUCCAACAGCAACCUGGAGCACUCUUAUCGCUGAUCAUCAUCGUAUCUGCACUGAUCCUCAUUGCAAUUACCCAAACAGUCGCCUUCCGGAACGAAGGCCGACUCCCUACGCUCCUCCGGAUCUAUGGUAUUAUGGCACUUGGCAUCUUAGCCCUCCUGACAGUUCCGCACAUGAUGCUUCGUCUCCAUCACUACAUCCUGGGCCUGAUUUUCCUGCCUGGAACAACCCUCCAGACUAGGCCGAGUCUCCUCUAUCAGGGCUUAUGCGUGGGUCUCUUUAUCAACGGCGUCGCUAGAUGGGACUAUGACAGCAUUCUCGAGACGCCUGCUUCGUUACUAGAAGGCGCCAAGAUGGGGACGAUUAUCCCCGACCUCGCAGCUCCAUUGAUGCUGUCAGCCCAGUCCCUUUUUUUCAAUUUCACCGGUCAGAUCGACUCCCACGCUGAUGGAAUUAGCGUGCUUGUCAAUGACGUCCUGCGGUUCCGGAGUUUCAAAUCCUUAGGGGCAGAUGCGGUUGCACAGGUUGAGUCAUUCAACUGGACGAGACAUAGGGAGAACGAGCCAGAAUACUUCCGCUUCGCAUAUGUGAAGUCCAAUCCUUUGGGAGGCAUCAAGUAUUACGAUUUUACGGACCCAGCUGUUUGGGAGGCUGAUGGGGAAUGGAGAUGGAAUGCAAGCGUUGAAUCCACUUCAUAA